AUGCAUCGACUAUCUAGGUUUUUCGGCUCCAGAAAGGCUCAGGAGCAGGCCAAUGGCACUGCCAAAGAUGCUCCCGGCAAUUCUAUCUCUGGUGAGACCAACGGUGCCACCAACGGCGCCACGAACUCUCACGGCCCCGCUCAGAGCCAGACGAAUGGCGCCUCUCCGGAAUCAAAUGUCGACGUACUCAUCAUUGGAGCGGGGCCGGCAGGUCUGAUGGCAGCGGCUUGGAUGGCCCACUGCGGCAUCAAGACACGAAUUAUCGACAAGAGAAAUGCAAAGAUCUUCUCGGGCCAAGCAGACGGACUCCAGUGUCGGAGUUUAGAGAUCUUCGACAGCCUUGGAUUCGGGGACCGGGCAUGGAAGGAGGCCAACCAUAUGAUUGAGAUCUGCAUGUGGAAUCCUGGGCAAGACGGGGUCAUCAGACGUUCCGAUCGAAUCCCAGACACCAUUGUGGGGCUAUCACGAUUCCAACAAAUCGUCCUACACCAAGGCCGCAUUGAACGUUUCUUCCUUGACAACAUCAAGAAACACUCGAACGACAGUAUCAGAGUUGAGCGUGCGGUUCUACCCGCAUCUCUGAAAAUAGACGAGUCAAUCCUGGACCGUGAAGAUGCCUAUCCCGUGACGGUCGAACUCCAGCACCUCACUGAAGAGGAAUCUACGCCCAAGCAGCAGAUCAGUGGGAGUAAAGUCGCAGACGGACUGUUUCGAAGCAGCCUGAAUCAAGAGGACGAUGAAGAAAUUCUCAUUCAACACGGUUCUCGGGCCGGAGAAAGAGAAAUUCUGCGUGCUAAGUAUGUGCUCGGCUGCGAUGGUGCUCGUAGCUGGACUCGAAGACAGCUGGGGUAUGAGCUCCAGGGUGAGGCGACAGACUUUAUAUGGGGCGUCAUGGAUAUCAUACCUAUCACUGACUUUCCCGAUAUCCGCAUGCGGUGCGCCAUCCACUCUGCUGAAAAUGGUAGUCUAAUGGUGAUUCCCCGUGAGAAUAAGCUAGUGCGACUCUAUAUUCAGCUCAAGGAGGUAGCACCAGAUGCAUCUGGGCGGGCAGAUCGCUCAAAAAUUACUCCAGAUCUCAUAUUCGGGGCCGCGAAGAAGAUCCUACAGCCGUACAACCUUGACUACGAGUAUUGCGACUGGUGGACGGCAUACCAGAUCGGCCAGCGCGUUGGUACCGACUUCUCAUCACAUAAUCGCGUCUUUCUGGCUGGUGAUGCAGUUCACACGCAUUCACCAAAGGCCGGUCAAGGGAUGAAUGUCUCCAUGCAGGACACUUUCAACCUCGGCUGGAAGAUCGCUCUUGUCUUAAAGGGCAUCGCUAGGCCAGAGAUUCUCUCUACCUACGCAAAGGAGAGACGUCAGGUGGCCCAAGACCUGAUUGACUUUGACCAUCGCUUCAGCCGACUGUUCUCAGGAAGGCCUGCCAAGGAUGUCAUGGAUGCCGAAGGAGUCUCCAUGGAGGAGUUCAAGGAUGCCUUUCUCAAGGGAAAUAUGUUCGCCAGCGGGCUGUCCGUCAAGUACGGUCCCAGCGAGCUCAUAGCCACCAAUUCAUCGAGUCAACAUUUGGCGACGGGUCUUGAAAUUGGAAUGCGCUUCAAUAGUUUCAAGGUUUUGAAUCAGGCUGAUGCCCGUCCUUGGCACUUUCAAGAGAGGUUCAAGGCCGAUGGACGCUUUCGGGUUGUCCUGUUUGCUGGUAAUAUUCUUGAAGCUGCCCAAAAGAAGCGCGUCGAAACCUUUUGUGCAGCACUUCAGUCAGGCGACAGCUUCAUCAAACGAGCCACAGCACCGGGAGCGACUAUCGACAGUGUGAUCGAGGUCCUCACAAUUCACUCGUCAAAGCGCACUGAAACGGAAUUACUGAGGGACUUUCCCGAGAUCCUGCAUCCUUUCGACAAGCACAGCGGCUGGAACUAUGAGAAAGUCUUUGUUGACGAUGACAGUUACCACGAAGGAUAUGGCAACGCGUACAAAAAUUACGGUGUUGAUAAGGAUCGCGGCUGCGUUGUCGCGGUGCGACCUGAUCAAUAUGUGGCUUGGAUUGGUGAGGUGGAUGACUUCGCUGGCCUUCAGCAGUAUUUUGAGGGUUGCCUACAACUCAAUGGUGAAAACUAUAGGGUUCAUGGGAAUGAGUGUUAA